CCUGGCUUGACUUCGGUAAAACGCGUUCACCAUAACUUAAACUUAAACCUAAACUUAACGCGACUUUGAUCUUCAAUUUAGAAGAUCAUUCUCAAAGUCAAUUCAAUUCCCAUACCAUAUCAUAUCAUAUUCAAAAACGCCGCAGAUGGAUGCCGACCUCCACGAUGUGAGUUGAUAGGGAAAAUAUCACGAAUUUACAGUUACUAACAUUAAACUUCCAGCGGCUCAAAGCAGCUCUUUGGUUCUCAAUUGGCAAGAUUGUGGAAGAGGAAUCCAUCCGACUUAAUUCAAAUGCUACAAACCAAUUCAUAGGAGCAUUAACUGAAAUGGUAUGGCAUCAAAUAGGUGUGUUUAUCUUUCGAUCGUUCUAUCUUUCUACUGUUCUAUAUCUAUCAAUAUAUGCUUCUAAUGACAUCCUUUAUAGAAAAUGUAACGAUGGAUCUCGAAAGUUUCUCACGACAUGCGGGACGUUCUACCAUUACCACCGAUGAUGUAUUACUCGUUACGAGGAGGAAUGAUGCGUUACACGAUAUGAUCAAGAAUUUCAUCGAUAAAGAGAAGGCCCAAUCUAUGAGCGAAAAGGGGAAAAGUCGCACCAAGAGAUAAAGAUUCGCUGUUCCUACUCUUUCAACUUUUCCAAAAUACCAGAUACCCGGGCGUCAGGAGUUAGAAGUACUAUAUCGCAAAAAUAAAAUCGAGAGUCGCAAUUUAUCUAAACCUUGACUCUUGACGUAUU